AUGAACCUGGAGGAGUUCAACGCGCUGGUGAAGGAGAGAGACGAAAUUGAGCAGGAGAUUAAGGAGAAUGUGGAAUUCCUGGAGGCCCCCGAAAACAAAAGCGUGGGCAUGAAGGGCAAGCUGAUAGAUGAAGAAGGGUUCCCCAGAAACGACAUUGACAUAUAUAGCAUCCGAGUUGCAAGGAACAAGGUGAUCUGCUUAAAAAACGAUUACUUAAAUGUGAACAAAAGAAUCGAAGAAUACCUCCACAAGGUUCACACAUCCCACCCCAUCAUACGAGUACAGAGGAGUAAGGGAAAAGACGAACAAGGAAAUGACCCGAAUGAAUCUUCUCCAGAAAGUCACGUAGAAGAUUAUGAUGAGUCAGCACCAGAUUAUGAAGCCCUAAUCGAAGAAGCCAAAAGAAGUACCUUUGCCAUGAUCGAUGAUAUGGUGGAGAAUUCCCCUUCACAUAAGGCAGGGCUACGCAUAAAUGAUUAUGUAAUUCAGUUCGGUGAUAUACGAAAAAAAAAAAGUGAUGAGAAUGAGAAUGGGAAUGGGAAUGAAAAGGACAAUGCAGACAUCUUCAAAAGAAUUGCAGCUUACAUGAGUAACAAUCCCACCAGAAUUAAAGUCAAAAUUUUGAGAGAGCGGAAGAUUCUGUUUUAUUUUGUUUUUCCCAAUAAGACAGCCAAUGGGUUAUACAUUGGCUGUCACCUGACGCCAACCAGGGGGGUAGUAGUGUAA